AAAGGGCACCUUUAAUAUCUGACCCUGAUAACUCCCGCCUCUACUUACUUGCUUACCUAGCUUACCUGUUUUCUUGGCUUCUCUUGUCCCAUACCUAUGAUCCUAUUAUCAUCUAAACAUCAACCUACCUAGAUAAUAGAUAAUAGAUAAAUAUGGGUUCUAAGAAAUACUUCGGCCUCCAAGGCCACGUCCUGAGUAGGCUGCAGACGGCCCUCAUCGUCGCUCCAUCCUUCAUCCUAUUCGGGUACAACCAGGCGGGCAUCGGCGGCCUGAUCACGGAGGAUGACUGGGUCAAGACGUUCCCCCAGAUCGACACCGUCAACGCGCCGAAAUCCGUCAAGAGCCAGAGGACAACGCUCCAGGGUUUCGUCGUCGCCGUCUUCGUCAUCGGCGCCCUCUUUGGUGCGCUGUCCUGCUCGUACACGGGCGACCGCUUCGGUCGUCGAAACGUCAUCUUCGUCGCCGGCUUAUGCACCCUGGUCGGCGAGAUCCUCGAGGCCUCUUCCUUUGGGCUGCCGCAGUUCAUCGUCGGUCGUGUUAUCGUAGGUCUAGGUGUCGGCCAACUGAGCUCGCUUGUUCCCGUCUGGCAGUCUGAGACGAGCGGCGCGAAGAACCGGGGCAGGCAUGUUGUGCUGGACGGACUGUUCAUUUGUCUAGGUUACGUCCUCGAGUCUUGGAUCGACCUGGGUUUCUUCGAACUGCACCACGGACCCGCGACGUGGCGUGUGCCGAUUGCCAUUGCGGCCCUCUUCUCGAUCAUCCUGUCGGCAUCCAUCUACAUGUUCCCCGAGUCACCGCGUUGGCUACUGAUGGUGAACAAAGGCGAGCAGGCCCGCGAGGCUCUCUCCAUACUGCGCGCGUUGCCGCGGGAGUCGGAGGAGGUGCAGGCUGAGAUUGCGGGUAUCGAACACAGUCUCGAGAUGACGGCUAAUGGGGGCGCAAAGCUGAGCCAACUCCUUAAAAUGGGUGAAGAUAAGCUGGCCUACCGAUUUGGGCUUUGUAUUUUACUGCAAUUUUACCAGCAGAUGUCUGGAAGCAACCUCAUCAGCGUCUACGCCCCAAUCCUCUUCCAAGAGAACCUUGGGCUCAGCAGCGAGAUCUCGCGGGUGCUCUCCGGAGGAGCCCUGACAUGGAAAUUCCUCUCCUCAUUUCUAGCGUUUGUGGCCAUCGAUCGGUUCGGCCGUCGCGCGGUCUUCAUCGUCAGCGGUGUCGGCAUGUCCUGCUGCAUGGUCGCGCUCGCCGUCGCUACCUCGUUCCCCACCUCGAAUCGCUCCUCCCAGAUUGCGGCCGGUUGCUUCAUCUACCUAUACAACACGUUCGUGCCGAUUGGCUUCCUCGGCGCCAACUUCUUGUACUGUACCGAGGUGGCGCCGCUAAGAUUGCGUAUGGCGAUGAGUUCGAUUUCGACGGCAAAUCAUUGGGCUUGGAACUUCCUCGUCGCAAUGGUAACGCCGAUAGCCAUCUACAGCAUCGGGUGGCAGUAUUACAUAGUCUUCGCGGUGAUCGCUGCGUGCGUGCCAGUAUCCGUCUAUUUCCUGUACCCGGAGACCAUGGGUCGCAACCUCGAGGAGAUCGACCUCGUGUUCAAGCAGUCGCCGUCCGCCUGGGGCACCGUCCAGUUCGAGAAGAGGCACCGUGGCAUCGACCUCACCGCCGAGCCCGAGGGCAAGAGCGAGGUCGAGGUUAAGCACGAGCACUUGGACAUGUAAAUUGGAAUACGUGUCGAGCUCUCUCUAGGUAUAUGAGCGAAAAGUCCCGAAAGGAGGCUGCGUACCUUGCUGGAGUAGCGUUGGCGUUGCAACACAUUGACGAAAGAAAAUAGGAUAUUAGAACAAACAAAACUAAAGAAUUAUGGGUUUAUGAGAUAUGGGUACACUUGGAAACAAACGCUUUUACAUAGCCCUACAUACGCAUAGGGAAUAGAGAUACAAGCCAAUUCUUGGUUAGAGGCUUACU